CUGGGUAGAGUCUCAUUGGACUGUCUCCGCCCAGCUGACCGGCCAGGGCCCGGGAUCCCGGGACGGGGCCUCGGACCAGAGGCAGAAGCAGGAUGGGGGGUGAGCGGCAGCACUACUACGGCCAGCAUGGAACGCCUCAGAAAUAUGACCCAACAUUCAAGGGCCCUAUUUACAACAGAGGCUGCACCGAUGUUAUUUGCUGUGUGGCCCUAUUCCUAGCCAUUGUGGGGUAUGUGGCUGUGGGCAUUAUAGCCUGGACUCAUGGAGAUCCUCGAAAGGUGAUUUAUCCUACAGACAGCCGUGGGCAGUUCUGUGGGCAGAAGGGGACACCUAACGAGAACAAGCCUUUCUUGUUUUACUUCAACAUCCUGAAAUGUGCUAGUCCCUUGGUGCUACUUGAGUUUCAGUGCCCAACCAUGCAGAUCUGUGUGAAGAACUGUCCUUCUAGAUAUCUCACCUAUCUCCAAGCCUCUGGUCAAGCCCAGGAGCUGGAGUAUUAUAAACAAUUCUGCGUUCCAGGCUUUGGCCAAGGCAAAAAAAAGAGUCCUGCUGAAGUUCUUAGGGAUGGAGACUGCCCUGCGGUGCUCACACCCAGCAAACCUUUGGCUCGGCGAUGCCUCCCAGCCAUUGAGACCCACAAAGGCGUGAUCACUGUGGGCAAUGAGACCACGUUUGAUGAUGGACAUGGCCAGAAGAGAAAUGUGUCAGAACUGGUGGAGGGAGCCAAGAAGGCGAAUGUGGUGCUGGAGGCACGGCAGCUGGCCAUGCGUGUGUUUGAGGAUUACACUGUAUCCUGGUAUUGGAUUCUCAUUGGUCUGGUGAUUGCCAUGGCUCUGAGCCUCAUCUUCAUCAUCCUCCUCCGCUUCCUGGCCGGGAUCAUGAUCUGGAUUAUGAUAGUCAUGGUCAUCUUGGUGCUGGGUUACGGAAUCUUUCACUGUUACAUGGAAUAUUCCCGACUCCGAGGUGAAGCUGGCUCUGAUGUUUCCAUUGGGGACCUGGGCUUCCAGACUGACUUUCGGGUAUAUCUGCACCUGAGACAAACCUGGCUGGCUUUCAUGAUCAUCCUGUGUGUGCUGGAGCUCAUCAUAAUCCUCCUGCUCAUAUUCCUGAGAAAGCGCAUCCUUAUUGCCAUUGCCCUCAUCAAGGAAGCCAGCAGGGCUGUAGGCUAUGUCAUGACCUCCCUGCUAUACCCACUUUUUACCUUUUUCCUCCUCUGCCUCUGUAUUGCCUAUUGGGCCAGCACUGCUGUCUUCCUGUCUACUUCCAAUGAGGCUAUCUACAAGGUCUUCAAUGACACUGCCUGUGUAGCUGCUGGACAGACAUGUAAUCCAGAGACUUUCCAUAACUCAAAUGUGACCCGUUUGUGCCCUGACGCUCGAUGCCAGUUUGCCUUCUAUGGUGGGGAGACUGGCUAUCACCGGGCACUGCUCGGCCUGCAGAUCUACAAUGUCUUCAUGUUCUUCUGGCUGGCAAACUUUGCACUGGCUUUGGGCCAGGUGACACUGGCUGGCGCCUUUGCCUCCUACUAUUGGGCCAUAAACAAGCCAGAUGACCUUCCUGCCUUUCCUCUCUUCUCCUCCUUCGGCAGGGCACUCAGGUACCACACAGGCUCCUUAGCCUUCGGCUCCCUCAUUCUCGCCAUCGUGCAGGUAAUCCGUGUGAUACUCGAGUACCUGGACCAGCGGCUCAAAGCUGCAGAGAACAGAUUUGCCAAAUUCCUCAUGACCUGUCUCAAGUGCUGCUUUUGGUGCCUGGAAAAAUUCCUCAAAUUCCUCAAUAGGAAUGCCUAUAUCAUGAUUGCCAUCUAUGGUACCAACUUCUGUACGUCUGCCAAAAAUGCCUUCUUCUUGCUCAUGCGGAACAUUAUUAGGGUAGCUGUCUUGGACAAGGUCACUGAUUUCCUUUUCCUCUUGGGAAAGCUUCUAGUGGUGGGGAGUGUUGGAAUUCUGGCAUUCUUCUUCUUCACCCACCGAAUCAAGAUUGUACAGGACACAGCACCUUCCCUCAACUACUACUGGGUUCCCAUCUGGUAUGGAACUUCCUGAGGCCGGGACAAGGGCUUAGAUCUCAAAGGAUUCUAGAUUGAGAGCUAAGAGGGAGCUUAGUGGUCAGCCAGCCAACUCACUCAUUUUACUGAUUAGCAUAGUGAAACCCAGAAGUAAAGGGUCCAAGAUCACAG